GACUUUUAAACCUAAUAACCUUCAUCAUUACAUUGCAAACAAACAAAAAACUUCAAUACAAACAGACAAAAAGCUAAAAUGAGUUUUAUACACAAACUCUUUGGCUAUUUUUCUGGUUCGAAGAGCCAGGAGAAUCGCGUUCGGCUCUCACCAAGUACACUUCAGCAUGAGAGGGAUCGGUUCUUACGUCAAAUUGCUUCGCCGCGACCAUUGCAAAAUUUCCGCAAUGAUUUACGUCUGACUGCCCUGGAGAAGGCCGGAAGAGAUCAUCUAACCCUGAAGCAGUCGUCGGCGUUGAUAAAGAAAGCUAAUUAUUUGUGGAAAAAUAUGUCGGAAGACGAAAAGUUCAAGUAUUGCGAACUGGCGAGAAACUUCGAAGCGACACACAUCCCUGCACUGACACUGCAAAAACUCGUUCGCCAAAAUCUUCCCUCGGCACAGCCGAGAAGCUCCCGACGUAUACAAACCAUGGCUGUCCGAGGUCUUACGACUGUAGCACCCCGCAUGACUAGUAACAGUUAUGACCAGGCGGCCGAAGUACUUUCGAAUAAUCAGCCACCACCCGCCACGACUAGUGGCAUUGUUGACCAGGCCAUUAGACGACAAGAUGACAAGCGCAAGCAUAGCGAUGGGCCAGACACUGAUUUCGAGUCUGAAACUCCGACAACGCGGACAUCAUUGAACGGUGCCCUAAUCAAAACGAUUAAAUCACUAGCUCCAGACCAAAAACGUUUUCGUAGAGAUUAAACGAGGUAAAUAAUAUCUGAAAAAGCGACCAAGGACCAGCCACAUUUAAACAGAAAAAUAUUUAAAAUUCAAUAGUCAUAUUUUUGGGCCACAUUUAGCUGUAUGAGUCAAAAUCAUUUUUAUGUAGAUGCAUUGAAAUUUAUGUACAUAUGUACAUAUGUACAUGCAUACAUACAUAUAUCACUUUUAUUAGAAUAGAUCCCAAGUGUACAUUCUAAAGAUAAUAUUAAACCGAUAAUA